AUUAUAGCUAGCCUACAAGCUGCUUGGUCUCUUAGCUAAGAACUACAUAUGAUCUUGUUUUUAUUUUUUUACGAAUAAAUGGCAAUUCCGAAGCAGAAAUUCACCCUGCCUUUUUUCACCCUUCUCUUGGUUAAUCUCUGGUCCAACCAAAUGGUGAUCAUGGCAAUGGAGAGUAUACCAAUAGGAGUAGUUCUUGAUUUGAACUCUACAGUUGGAGAAAUGGCAGAGAGCUGCAUGUCCAUGGCAGUCUCCGAUUUCUAUGCUCUUAAUGUUGAUUUUAAAACGAGACUCGCUCUUUUCACUAGGGAUUCCAGCAGUGAUGUCGUUGCUGCAACUUCUUCAGUGCUGGAUUUAAUGAAGAAUGAUCAAGUGCAUGCUAUCAUAGGGCCUCAAAAGUCAUCGCAAGCUAAGUUUGUCAUAGAGCUUGGAGGAAAAGCAGAGGUUCCGAUUGUUUCUUUCUCAGCCACUAGCCCAACUCUUUCUGCAACUCAAAGCAAAUAUUUUGUCCGGACAGCCCAGGAUGAUUCUUCUCAAGUGAAAGCAAUAUCCAGCAUUGUCCAAGCUUAUGGUUGGCGGGAGAUUGUACCAAUCUAUGAAGACACCGAAUAUGGAAAUGGUUUGGUUCCAUUUUUGUUAGAUGCCUUUCAAGAGAUCGACACUCGAGUCCCUUAUGGCAGUCGAAUUCCUUUGUAUUUCAAUGACACUCAAAUCAUGAGCGAGCUCCACAAGUUGAAGGAGAUGAAGAAGAGUAUAUUUCUAGUGCACAUGUCAGCCUCCCUUGGGUCCAGGCUGUUCUUACUUGCCAAGGAUGCAGGAAUGAUGAGCGAAGGAUAUGCAUGGCUCGUGACAGCUGGAUUAUCCGCCUUGUUAGAUCCUCUAGGUUCUGAAGUCAUGGAUUCAAUGCAAGGUGUGUUGGGUAUAAAGCCACAUAUACCAUCUUCAAAGAAACUCGAAAGUUUUAAAUCAAGAUGGAGAAAGAAAUUCACCAUAAGCAAACCACAAAGUAAGAUCAAUGAAUUAAACCUUUUCGGUUUGUGGGCAUAUGAUACAGUUUGGGCAAUAGCAAUGGCUGUAGAAAAGGCUGGUAUUGUGCAUUCUAGAUACGUAAAGCCGAAUACUAGUGAAAGCACAGUUGACAUUGCUGCCUUGGGAAAAUCUGAAACGGGUCCAAGACUCCUAAGCUCCAUAUUAAGCACAAGAUUUCAAGGCCUAGGUGGGGACUUCCAUUUGGCUGGUGGAGAAAGGGUACCUUCAGCAUUUGAAAUACUCAAUUUGAUCGGAAAAGCAGAGAGAGUCAUUGGAUAUUGGACUCCAGAGAGAGGACUCUCACGAAACUUGUAUACUAAUGGUAAAAUAGCAUAUUCAACUUCCAAAAACAAACUGAAGGAGCCAAUUUGGCCAGGAGACACAACCCAGCAGCCAAAGAGGUUGAGGAUUGGGGUUCCACUGAAAACUGGUUUUAAUGAGUUUAUCAAAGUGGAAUGGAAUCCUGAAGAUGAUAAACCUAUUGUUUCAGGUUUCACCCGAGAUGUUUUCGUCUCCGUGGUUGAAGCAUUACCAUUCCCCCUUCCGUAUGAGUUCAUUCCCUUCGUCAACAAAAAUAAGCAGAGUGCAGGGACUUACAAUGAUCUUCUUGAGCAAAUCAAACUAAAGAAUUUUGAUGCUGCGGUGGGAGAUAUAACAAUAAUUGCCAAUCGCUCAACAUAUGUGGAUUUUACGUUGCCUUUUUCAGAAUCAGGCAUCACAAUGGUAGUUUUGACAAAACGUGAUGAGAGGGAAAACAUGUGGAUUUUCUUGAAGCCACUAAGCCUGGAGCUUUGGUUAACAACUGGAAUAGCAUUCAUCCUCACUGGCUUAGUGGUGUGGGUGCUCGAACACCGUGAAAACAAAGUGUUCAGGGGAAAACCAGCGCAGCAACUUGGCACAACGUUGUGGUUCUCCUUUUCAACCCUCUUCUUUGCACAUAGGGAGAAGGUGGUGAAUAACUGGACAAGAUUUGUAUUGAUCAUAUGGAUUUUUGUGGUGCUAAUCAUAUCACAGAGUUACACUGCUAGCUUAGCCUCAAUUUUGACUGUAAAGCGGUUGCAGCCUACAUUUGUUGAUGUCAAAGAGAUUAGAAAGAAUGGUUACUUUGUAGGACACCAGAAGGAUUCUUUUGUGAAAGACUUCCUCGUAAAACAAUUGAAAUUCAAUGACACCAUGUUGAGGGAAUAUAGCACUCCAGAAGAGUAUCAUGAUGCAUUGUCUCGUGGAACCCACAAUGGUGGUGUAGCUGCUAUCUUUGCUGGAAUUCCCUACGUCAAACUCUUUCUAGCAAAGUAUUCCUCCAAAUUCCAAAUGGUAGGACAACCCUAUAAAAACGAUGGAUUUGGCUUUGCAUUUCCCCUUGGAUCCCCACUGGUCCCUUACAUUUCAAGGGCAAUCUUGAAUGUCACACAAGAUAAAGAUAAAAUGGACGAAAUUGAACGAAGGAACUUUGGUGGCGAAACCACUUGCUCAGAUCAACCUUCCAUGGAACCCUCUGGUGGUCUUGGUUUACCCAGCUUCGGAGGCCUCUUCAUCAUCACAGGAGUUGCUUCCAUGUCUGCUCUUCUGAUAUAUGUCACGAAGUUCCUUUACAUUCAUUGGCCUGCUUCGAACACCAUGGAUCAAGAAAGAUCCUUUUACUUGAGAGUUCUUGAAUUGGCAAAACAUUUUGACAAGGAAGAUCCAUCAGCUCAUCAUCUUAAUGGAGCUGGGUCAAGAGUUCACGCUGUACCAAGUGUCGAAAUAGUUGGAGCUUCACCUGAUAUCGAUGAUGCACGUAGCCAUUCAAGGACUUCCAGUGAAGGAUCUGGAGACAUCAUUGGAGAUCAAGACCAUGACAAUCAUACCCCAAGGAACAGUGCUGCAAACCCCGAACCCCCACACACACCGUAGGCACUGCAUCCUUUGUUUUUAGGGAAGUAACAAUGCUAAUUUCCACUGACAGUAGUGGGCUUCAGCUAGUGCUGAUAGUUACAUUCACUGGUUACGGAUUGGAGAGAUGUUUAUGGUGAUGUUACUUAAUUAGGAACAAAAAUUCUUUGUAUCUAAUGAAGCACCAAGAUCCUCUCUUCUUAGUUACUAAUUCUCUAACCAUAACAAAUGGCAUAUUGUAAUCUUCUAGCCAUUCAUCCGAUCCCAACUUUGCUAUUGAAUUAGCUAUAGCUCAUUUGAAGUUCUUUGCCGAUGCUAUUUAACUUCAAGAGGUGUUAUUAAUGCGGUAAAUUGAUGGUUUAAGUUCUCA